AAAUAGCUUCAGAAGAUACAGUUUCAGCCAGGCGAGUGGAUUCCACUUUCAGUGGUAGAUCUAAUCCCACAGCCCUGCUGUUGUUGUACCUCACAGACCUCCUCACACCAACACCACGGAGACCUUGAGACACAGGAGCAUAGUACGAUUAUAAGUCUAAUUGUAUGAUUUGCGCGGAUUAAGUCGUAAAUCCGAGUGGGUGCAACAUGGGAUUACACAGAGUGCCCCCCAACAAACCCCAAUAAUCCAGAAGAGGUACAGUGGUAAAGUCACCUACAACUUCUAGUCUGCCCCAUAGUGGGUGAGCGCUUGGGGUCUCGGACCACCUCAGUGGUUGACACCGAUACUAACGUGAGAUCGUACUUUCAGUCUUUGCGGAAACAGUGCGGUAGUCUUGACCUGACACAACGUAAUGUAAUGGAGGGAGAUUGUGUCGUCUACUUUCUCGGGUUUCUCCUGCUGUGUGCGCAGAGGGCGGUGGAUGCAGUCAACAAUCCAACAGUCGUCACACAAAAUGGAGCUGUCCGUGGAAUUACACACGAGUUCGGUGGCAGACAAAACAGAAAGUCAGUAGAUGUUUACUAUGGUAUACCUUAUGCUCAACCGCCAGUAGGUGAUCUUCGUUUUAAACUUCCAGUUCAAACAGAUCGAUGGGAUGACGUUUUGGAUGCUACCAAGAAACCAAAUACUUGUAUGCAAGGACACGAUACGGUAUGGGGUAAUUUUAGUGGAGCUAUGGUUUGGAACCCAAAUACAGAAACAUCCGAGGACUGUCUAUACCUCAAUAUUUGGGUCCCCAAAAGUGGCCGUUCCAAUUCAAAUAACAAAGCUGUGUUUGUCUGGAUAUACGGUGGAGGUUUCUACAGUGGAUCCUCAACUUUAGAAAUAUAUGAAGCAAAAUAUUUAGCAGUAGAAAAUGAUGUUAUUGUUGUAUCUAUGCAAUAUCGUGUUGGUGCCCUUGGGUACCUUGCAAUGGGUCAUCCACAGGCACCUGGUAAUAUGGGAAUGUUUGAUCAGAGAAUGGCCUUGGAAUGGGUUAAACGAAAUAUUGAGUCUUUUGGAGGCAAUUCACGAAAUGUGACAAUAUGUGGCGAAAGCGCUGGAGCGGUGAGCGUAGGUCUACAUCUCCUUUCUCCAAUAAGCCGCGGACUGUUCGACAGGGCUAUACUACAGAGUGGGGCACCACAGACAAAAUGGGCUACAAUACCAAUGCAAGAAGCAGAAAGAAGAGCUCGGAGGUUAGCAGAACUCUUGGGUUGUGAUGCUGAAGCCACUAAGUUUGAAGUUAUCCAAUGUUUAAGAAAUAAACCGGCGAAGGAGUUUCAACUGCACGAAUUCACCGUGAUAGGCGGUGGGGUAGUUCAGUUCCCCUUUAUCCCGGUGAUAGAUGGCAGCUUUCUGGUUGAAAGUCCAGAAGAGUCGAUCAGACUGAGAAGGUUCAAAAAGAUUCCACUCUUGUUGGGCAGCAAUUCGAAUGAAGGAUCAUUCUUCUUGGUGUAUUUUGACAAAGACCAUUUUAACAUAUCCACAGAAGUAAAUAUCAGUAAUUUACAGUAUACGAUGAUAAUGGAUCAAAUGUUUAAGACUUACCCCCGACACCCGCAUCGACUCAACGACUUUGGGAUGGACGCCAUACUAUUUCAGUACACUAACUGGCUAAACCCGAAUAACCAGACUAUGAUCAGACACAACAUAGAACAGGCUGUUGGCGAUUUCCAUUUCGUGUGUUCGGUUAACGAACUUGCACAGGCGUAUACAAGUGCUGGUCAAAAUGUUUACUACUACAGGUUCACCCAUCGGAUGAGCAACCAUCCUUGGGGAGACUGGAUGGGUGUGCUACAUGCAGAUGAAAUUAAUUUUGUGUUUGGGGAGCCACUGAAUCGUACGAAAAGAUAUACAGCACACGAAAAAGAGCUCAGCAAAAAGAUGAUGCGUUACUGGACUAACUUUGCAAAAACAGGAGACCCGAACCGAGGUCCAGACGAAGUGUCAUUGGGGAUCUGGCCAGAAUAUUCCGAAAAACAACAGUAUCUUGAACUCAACCUCAACCUGCUGAAGUUAGAUGCAGCACUGAACGUCGGGACUGGACCAAGGACCAAACAGUGUGCAUUCUGGAAACACUACCUACCUCGACUUGUUGCCGGAACAGCUGAUAUCAGUUCUGUGGAGAAGGACUGGAAGGAAUCGUACAACGAAUGGAAGACUCGCUACAUCGUAGACUGGAAGCAUCAGUUUGAUAGCUUCCUGAAGAACUAUGAACGCCGAUUUCAGACAUGCGGAAUGCCGUGACUUGUACAUUAAACAAACAAAGGAGUUUUGUUUAAUAUUUACCAAAAUAUAUGUUUUAUAAAUAUAAAAAAUAAAAUUACUUGAGGCUC